GGAAAUACCCCCCGGCCCUGCGAUUCUUCCGCACUCCCCUUAAAAGUCUGCCCCUGGGUCUCGUGCCGUCUCACUGGGGAGGAAAUACAGUAUGAUCUGUACUGUAAGAGACAGCCUCAUGCAUGCGCUGCUACUCCUGUCUGGACUGGUGACCUUCUCUGCGCCAGUAAAAUGCGACGUCCCGCGAGUGUCCGUGGCGGAAGGAGGCGCCGUUACGUUGAGAUGUGUCUUCCCGGGGGGCGACGGCUCCGCCAUGCAGUGGGUCACCCCCGCCGGAUUCGCCAUUUUCUUUAAUGAUCAAAGAGUUUUAAGAGACAGAAGGUUCCAGAUUGUGCGGCAUCUGAAGAAUAACCUGAUCCUUCGACUCGCCGACGCUACCAUAGCAGACGAGGGGAUUUACACCUGUAUCCAGUACAGCAGUCCCGCUCGCACCCGGAGGGUCAACGUCUCGGUGCUCGCCGUUCCCUCUAAACCUUUACUGGAUUUUUCUCAAAUCCCUGGAAGAAAUGGGGAAUUUUAUUCCGUUCUGACGUGUUUCACAUUUGGGUGCAAACCUCCCCCGGAAAUCACAUGGCUCAUAGACAACAGCACGGAAGUGUUCGGUGAAACGGAAUUGAGUUUUGAGGAUAACGGGAAGAAAUGUAACGCGACGAGCUCCCUGCGGAUCCGAGCGGCCUCCAGCAGCUCGAGGGCCACCUGCAUCCUGCGACACGACGCUCUGCGCCGCGGAGACCUGACGGCGGCCUUCGUGUUCCGCGCGCCGCCCGCUGAAACACAGACCACAACUCCCAUCACCACUGCCACCUCUCCCCGUGCGGCGUCUCCCAGCUCGUCUCAGGACACCCUGCUUUAUACCGAAAUAUCUCCCGGGACGGACUUUUCUUUAACCCCCGACAAGGAAACGACCGGCCGCAGUAACGAGACGCAGCGCGUCCCACCCGCGGCGGAGGCCGGCAGGAGGUCCGGCGGGGUCCUGGUUCUGGUUCUGGUCGCUCUCAUGGUUUGCGUCCUGCUGGUGAUCGUUCACUUUUUCCUCGUAAAGCUCAGGAAGCAGCACACGGAGUGGAAGAAAGAAAAUGAAAUUUCGGAUCAGACUCUGGAAAGCACCAAAUCCAGAUCCAAUAACGACGACGUCUCCAACCAGACAAAACCCGGGCAGGCUCCGAUGGAAUAUAACAAGGAGAUUUCCGUGUGAAGCUCAUGGAGACGUUGAGCGGGAAUAUGGCGGCUUCUGGAACCUGGUGAGGGAGCCUAAAAUGGACUGGGAGCGGCGACUGUUCCUAUGCGGGAAGCACUUUAGCGUACGUGUUGCGAGAUGAUGUCAUAGCGGAUGAUCCUGCGCGGGGGGGUAUAAAACUGUUUAUAAAUAAAUACAUUCCCGGU